CUGAGGACCGAGUUUGAGAACCUGUGCCCUAGUGAGCAAAGUGCCCUUCUGACAUUAGUUAAAAUGCAUUUCUUUUCUCUCCAUUGUGCAAAAGAAAGCAGCUUUGCAGAGUUGAUAAAGACAUGGGUCUCUGUCUCUGCACCAGAGCCAAACAUGGCGAAUUUGAAUAUGGGGCAAACCGGUUUCUGGUUGUAAAUGUGAAUGACAAUGGUGAGAAGAUCUGUCCGGGAGUUAUGGAACUUACAGAAACUUCUUUAAUUUUUCACAUUAAAAGAGGAGGGUUUGUGAAAUGGCCGUACAUCAGCCUGGUGAAAUAUGGUUAUGAUUCUAAUCUCUUUUCAUUUGUCUGUGGAAGAAGAUGUCAGACUGGAGAAGGAAUAUUUGGUUUCAAGUGUAACCAUGCUGAAGACCUAUUUAACGUAUUACAAAGGUGCAUGCAGAAUAACAGAAUCAGUGUCAUCUCUGAUACAGAAUGUGAAGCUCACAUGGGUGCUGAACACGCUUUACCGUACAGAUAUGAGACAUAUCCUUCCUUCCCAGCUGCUUCUUCAGUUCUAUCAUCUCAGAGACCGGAGCCUAUUGGGAGUGAGCUUAUGUCAGACCCAACUUUCACAGGAUCCUCAGAAGAAUCUGAUACUUCCAAUGAUGAUAAAGAGGUGAAAAUAGAAGCUGCAUACCACUCACCACUAGUAAAGAAGGUUUCCGAUGGUCAUGUCAGCCAAGCUUCCAGCUGUUUUGAGGGAGAGGAGUAUCAUGGAGUAAAAGCUUACCCGAUAUCUUUAUUUAGGAAUGUAAUUGGACGAGAAGAUAUGGAAAAUUUGAGCAGCAUUCACUCUGGAGAUUUAAACUGUGCCAUUUGGGACACUGGCUAUGACAGUGAUGACCGGUGUGAGGCUUUGUGUAUCCGAAAAAUGGGAUAUGAAAAUGUUGCAGCCAUUCCAAGAGAGUGUGUUAGGUCACGGAGCAUGUUGGUUUCAGUGAGUAGCUCAGAUUCCCAAAGUAAUAACUGUGUUUCAACAUGGGUGCCAACAGGCUGCUUUGUUAGUCAGCCCUCUUCUCCAUCUCUCUUUGAGGAAAAAUAUAGCUUAGAUCUGAAAACUCCACAUGUGAAUGAAGGAAGUCAUUUGUGGCAUGCAGUCAAACCAUAUUCUUCAGGGAGAGACUCAAUGACUUGUCAAGACUGCAUGCCUACCUAUUUUAACUAUGAUAUGAGACAAGUAACCCCUGAAUCAAACUAUGAUAUGAGACAAGCAACCCAUGAAUCAAAGACUCUCAAUUACAUCCAGGUAGAGAUGGAGGGUGGCUGUGAUUCUGACAACCCUCAGACGCCUCAGAGCCCUGACUGCUCUUUACUGGGGACCAAAGGUCCCCAGUCUGAAUUUUAUACAGAGCUGGACUUGAAGAAAACAGCUGCUCUGUCACUUAUUCAAAGGCAGUGGGCAAAAGAUGAAGGCACUAGGAAAACCAGACAUAAUGGCAAACCUUUCCCAGUUUGACCACACACACCCUCCCCAUCCCCCAAGGUUUUUGAUUUUAAUUACAUUUAAUUUUGGCAAAAACUAGUUUGGAUUUAGCACAGUCUUGGUCCUGUUUAGUCACUUGUAAGCUAUUACCCAGAACUUCUUGACUAGUGUCUUUUUUGCUCACUCACUCUGGUGAGUCACCUGACAUCAUGCAUGAGCCUGACACAUCCCCUCCCCCCACCCCACCUAGCCAAGAGAUGAGCAGUAGAUGUGAACAAGACCUCAGGAGGACAUGAUGGAUUACAUCUUUCUGUUGGUCAGCUUGGUACCUUUUUUAGGGUCUGGUGUUUUACUUGGAAUGUACCACCAGAAACUAUAUUUACAGCUUGCGUUAAUUUGCAAAAUCCAUGAACUAUUUUUUAUAUUAAUAAGAUUUUUUUUUUUCCAAAGCUCUUACAGUAUUGUCUACAGGCUGUGACUACAAGCAUUUUGUUGCCUGAUCCAAUCCUCCUGAUAGGCAGCACUAUCUAUUCACUAAGAACAGAAGUAGCCUCAUUGCUGAGUCUGCUUUUGUACUAAUAUUUCAAGAACUGGUUAAUGGUGAAAUGAUAGGUUGCGCUCAUAAAUAUUGGUUCAACCAACUUCCUUGCUGCCUCCAGUCUGUAGAUAACAAGUGUACAACCAACACCUUCCUCCCCAUUUUUAAGGUUUAUGUAAAGAAUUUUAAUAAUGGCUGCUUCUAGAUAACAUUAUUUUUUUUUUUCAGUCCACAUGACAAAGUCUAUACAUAACUUGUUUAAUUUUAGUGUCUAUACAUAAUGUGUUUCAUUUUAAUAUAAACAUUCAGAAAAAGUA